CACCACACCACUCUCCCGCCAUGUCGCUCACCCCAGACGCAGAGGGCAAGCUCACCUCGGGCCAGCUCACGCCCAGCACCAUCGCAAAGCAGCUCUCGCAGCUCGACCUGCCUGCGCCGUCCAACCUGCACCUCGCGUCGGCGCGCGCAGGCGGCGCUGCAGGCGGCGGCAAGGCCGACCUGCAGGAGACGCUGUCGGGGCUCAACCUCCCCGAGCCCGAGGCCGUGACCCGCGCGCAGGCGCACCGCCGCUCCGAGUCCCAGUCGCAGGACAUUGCGGAACAGCUCUCGCGCAUGAACCUCCCGCAGCCCGAGCGCAUCUUUGGCCCCAACGACGGCAACGCCGGCGCCACCGAAUCCCACAAGAAGGGCGUGACGGCCGACGACUGGGCCAAGGUCAAGCUCGACGACGAGGUCCCCGAGGCCGUUAGGAGCCCGACCGAGAUGCACUUUAGGCGUGCGAGCGUUGCCAAGAGCCCGACCUCCGCUGUGUCGGCUGCCGCUCCUGCUGCUGCUGCUGCCGCCGCCGCCGCGGCCCCUGCUGCGUCUCGCAAGGCGGUUGAGCAGAAGAUCACGCCCUUCGACGUCCAGGGUGGUGUUGAUGCCGACGGCAAGGAGACGGGAAUCGACUACGACAAGCUUGCCGACCGUUUCGGUGCGCAGAAGAUCAACGCCGACCUCCUGGCCCGCUUUGAGCGCGUCACGGGCCGCAAGCCGCACCCACUCAUGCGUCGUGGCACCUUCUACACCCACCGCGAGUUUGACAAGAUUCUCGACCGCUACGAGGCUGGCGAGCCAUUCUACCUCUACACUGGCCGUGGACCAUCCAGUGACUCGAUGCACAUGGGCCACCUGAUUCCCUUCCUCUUCACCGCUUGGCUCCAGGACGUGUUUGGCUGCCCAUGCGUCAUCCAGGUGACCGACGACGAGAAGUACCUGCUCGACCGUGACGCCAAGAAGCAGCAGGCAUUGGUCAAGAAGAACCCCCAGGACAAGAGGCGGCCGUACGACAUUCUCGAGAAGUACAAGGAGAUGGGCCAGGCCAACAUUGCCGACAUUAUCGCAUGUGGUUUCAAGCUCGACAAGACGUUCAUCUUCUCCGACCUCGACUAUGUUGGCAAGGAGUUCUACCGCAACAUUGUCCUCAUGGCCAAGACCAUCACCGUCACCAACAGCAAGGGUGUCUUUGGCUUUGCCGACUCUGACAACGUGGGCAUGUUGCAUUUCGCCGCUGUCCAGUCGACGCCAUCGUUCUGCAACUCGUUCCCCCAGAUCUUUGGCGAGCGCACCGACAUUCCCUGUCUUAUCCCCUGUGCCAUUGACCAGGACCCGUACUUCCUCGUCUGCCGCGAGUCGGCCGACCGUCUCAAGUACAAGAAGCCUGCGCUCAUUCACGCCAAGUUCCUGCCAGCGCUCCAGGGUGCGGGCACCAAGAUGUCGGCGUCCAACCCCAACUCGAACAUCACCCUCACCGACAAGCCCAACGAGAUCAAGAACAAGAUCCGCAAGCACGCGUUCUCGGGCGGUGGAGCUACCCAGGAGCUGCACAAGGAGCACGGCGGUAACCCCGACGUCGACAUUGCCUACCUCUACCUCUCGUACUUUGAGGAGGACGACGAGAAGAUGGCACGACUGGCGGCCGAGUACCGCGCUGGAACGCUCAGCACGGUGCAGAUGAAGGACGAGUGUAUCGCCAAGCUGCAGCAGGUCGUGUCCGAGUUCCAGGAGCGCCACGCUGCCGUCACGCCCGAGCUCGUCAAGCUGUACCAGGACCCUACUCGCAAGAUUGACCCCACGCCCAGGCCCAAGACCGCUGUUGCGGUUUAGAAUAUAGUAGCGAGGUGGUUGAUCGGUAGUAGUAGUAGACUUUAUGCAUACGACAGGGAGAGGUUUGUGACGA